AUGGCAGGCUCCCCCCCAUUGGACAUGGUUUACGACUCCUCAUACACCGACUGCCGUUUUCGAUGGGACAAUGAAGACAUGCGACAGAAACCGGGAUCCGCAAAGGAAAUCAAUUUUGGAUUUUACAAGGCUGUCGGAGUUCAAAACCUGACUGCGGCCACAAUAGCCGAGGAGAUCAAGGAGGCUAGGGAAAAAAAUCCAGAAGGUGUAUUGAUUGCUGGCUUUAGUAUCGAUAACAUGGCACAUGUUGCGGGAUAUUUGAAUUUCAAGGAUUCGGCUGUAACGGUCAAGUGGUUUGAGGAUGAGGAUAAACUUCCAAGUAUCUUGGAGAACUGGAGAUACCAUAAACAGUCGGCUUUUGGUUGUCCGGUUCGGGAUGGAAUCAAGCCAUCUGACAAAGAGUUUGGUGCAGAAAAGCUUUUCAAGUUUAUCAUGAAUUUGACGCCAAAGCAAACCGCCUGUGUCAUUGGUGACAAAUUCCCUGUCACACAUGUCAUGUUGGAUGUGAAAAACACACAAGACGAUCCUGGCUUCAUAUCGUACCUCAAUGCCAUGCAUCGGGUAAUUUCCACUUACUCUGAGCAUUUCCCUGAUGAUACUCCGACAAAUCCCAGAGAAAUCCACAGUCGGGAGAAUUGGUAUCGGGCCCUCAUGACCUUGAGAGUAUACUGGUCCACGCACAGAGAGGCAAGAGCUCCACGCAAGAAGAGUCUGGUUGUCAGAGUAGCAGUCAAACCAUUAUGGAUCGAUUUGGACCAUGUGAAAGGAAAUGGCAGUGCUGAUGUAGAUGAAAAUGCCGAUUACGCGAAUUACAAGGAGAAGGAAUUCGAUGACAUAUUCAACCUAGAAAACGACGGAAGUGUGUGUGGAGACGAUCAUGGAGAACAUACAGAGAAUUUCAACGUUCAAGAAGUCGAGAAUUUACACAUACAACUUAACAGAACUGGGGAUAUCUCAAAGGAGGCUAAGGAUAGAGCGCAGAGAGCCAACCGACAAGAACGAAAGCCAGUGACGGAAGAGCAAUUGAGAGUGUACAUUUCCAAUAUGCGAGAGAACAUGAAGAAAUGGAUGGCUGAAACAAAGGCUGUGGAGGGUCCCACCAAGGAUAUCGCGAGUGACACAAUUUCCUGA